GAGCCGGGAAAGGGAGACUUGCGCCAACUCCCUAAGGUCGUGGUCUCUCCGUGGAGUGCUUCAGGUUUGGACCGCGUCUCUACACUUUGCGACCCGCUUGCCCGCACUUUCCCUUCACUUGGGAUUGCUACCGCCUUUGGUUUUGGGGGUGUGCGCGCGGGGUUCCGGAAACUGCUGGAAGGAACUGGAGUUCACCUUUUCGGGGACCGGUGGAGGCGGGGUCAGUGCCUUGGAGUGAGAGCUGAACUGUUGGCGGUGUCUGAGUGACCUGAAGAGAUUUCCUGAGCAGAGUGUAAUUUUUCAAAACCACCUUUCCACCGUGCGGCGUUUGUUGAAAAUAUGUCUAGGAGAUUGACCCUUCCACAACUUCUUUUUGCUAGCAUCCUUGGAAUUGCUGGAGGAAUAUAUAUUUAUCAACCAAUAUUUGAACAGUAUUCCAGGGAUCAGAAGGAAUUAAAAGAAAAGUUGAAAUUGGCGCAGGAAUCAGAAGAGAAGAAAAGUUAAGACUACAUGGAGUUGAACUGUAAUUGCUUAAAGUUCCAUUGAUAUUAUACAUUGACUAUAAAUAGUCUACUAAAACUUCUCAAAUAUAUUUUAAACAUAAAUAAAUCAUAAAUGAUGAUUUUUAAAACUA